CACAUCUGGCCACACUCCUGACCAUAAGCAAGUUGUGACCAGCAAGGAAGGAGACAGCAGGGACACACCGCUUUCUUGCCUGGGGAAGAAUGGAAACCUGUGUUGCUUCUUGCCCCAGCCCCAGACUCUCCAGCUGAGUGGAGAAGCUGGGAAAGACGGUGGAUAGGAAAGCAGCAGCGGAGGUUGGCAUGGAUCCCAAGGUCUCCUCUGAGAAUCAUCAGAAGAUCCUGAUGGAGGAGGAAGAUGAACCAAGAGAGGAACCCAAGGAUGAUGGAGAUGGUGACCUACAACACUUUGGGUCCAGCAAUAUCAUGGCAGAAGGUAGCAGCAGACAGAAGCAGCUGGAAUUACAAAAUGGUAGCUUAGAGGAAGGAUUUGUGGUCCGUUCCCUGGAGAUCGAGCCCCAGAACAUGAUGGAGAGCCUAAGCCCCCGGAAAUAUUCAUCCAGUCUGAAGUUUAAAGCCAACGGAGACUAUUCUGGCUCAUAUUUAACCCUCUCACAACCUGUGUCUACCAAGAGAAGCCCUUCUCCCUUGGGCGCCAGUGUCAGGAGCAGCCCCUCCUUGGCCAAAAUCCAGGGAAGCAAACAAUUUUGUGAUGGAACUGACAAAAAUGUUUCCAUGAAACCUCCUACUUCGUUCCUCAGCUCUGCAGUCUCUCUUAGUGGAUAUCCACUCGGGAGAGCAGAUUUGGAUCAUUAUACUAGUCGGGACAGUGAGAGGUCCUCCAGAUUCUCAGAGAAGCCUCCCUAUUCCAGAUACAGCUCUAGGAAUAAAUCACAUGACAACGUCUACUUUCUCGGGGGCCUGGAAGGAAGAAAAGCCUCUGGCUCGCUCCUGACCAUGUGGAAUGGAGGUUCCUUGAGUGGCGCUGGCUCCGCACCCGCCAGCAGAUCUGGGGCAGCGAGCAUGCCUUCAAGCCCCAAGCAAGCUAGGAAAAUGAACCUUCAGGACAACUUGACCCUUCAGCCCAGGUUAAGCAGGCACAAGGAGCCAGCCUCUGAAAACGUCAGUGUGAGAACAAGGAAGUAUUCAGGGAGCAGCCUGAGUAAUAUGGGUGCCUACAGCCGAUCGCUUCCUAGGUUGUACAAAGCCACGGACAACCAGAUGCCGCCUCUCAGCCUGCCUCCGAGAAAUUCCCUGGGCAAUUCCAAACGAGUUCAGUUAGGGGAAAAGGAUCUACCUCAUAGCAUAGUGGAUAAUGACAAUUACCUUAACUUUUCUGCUCUAAGCUCAGGGGUUCCGCCCUAUAAAAUCUCAAUGUCAGAGGGAAAUCCUUACGUCAGCUCCACACUCAGUGUCCCUGCCAGCCCUCGAAUGGCUCGGAAGAUGCUCCUGGCCUCCACCUCCUCUGAUGACUUUGACAGGGCUUCAUACUCAGGGACCAGCCCGAGCCAUUCCUUAAUUUCUGGAGAACCAGACCGAGUGCUUGUGGCCAGGAGGAACUUCUCUUGCGGAUCUAUGGAGUUUGAUGAUUCUGAUCUGGAAAGCCUAAGACAGUCCUCCGAAACUCCCCAGCCUGUCCUUCGAGAACGGAAAAGUAGCAUCAGCUCUAUCUCAGGCCGCGACGAUCUGAUGGAUUAUCACCGACGGCAGAGGGAGGAGAGACUCAGGGAGCAGGAGAUGGAGCGACUGGAGCGGCAGCGGCUAGAGACCAUCCUCAGUCUCUGUGCUGAGUACACGAAGCCCGAAGGUCGACGCCUGUCCGCUGGCACCACGGUGGCUGAUGUACAGAAAAUCAACAAGGAGCUUGAGAAGCUGCAGCUGUCCGAUGAGGAGUCUGUGUUCGAGGAGGCUCUGGUGUGCCCCGACGUCAGGUACCGGUGCCAUCGGAAGGGUUCUCUUCAGGAUGUUGACGUUGCCGGCUUCGGGAGCCUCAGUCACAGUGCCAACUUCCUGGCCCCCAGGGGCAGCAGGAAUGAUGAACUGCUUGGUGACCUCACCAGGACGCCUCCACCAUCCUCAUCUGGAUUUCUGAAAACAUCCAAUGAGUCCUCCUACCUCAGUAUCCUACCGAAGACCCCGGAGGAUAUAGGUGAGGAACAGAGGACUCGGGAGUUGGCUGCAAUGGAAGAUGCCCGGAUGGUGAUUCUGAACAACCUUGAGGAGCUUGAACAGAAAGUCAAAGAUAUAAAUGACCAAAUGGAUGAAUCUUCCAGAGAGUUGGAUAUGGAAUGCGCUCUUUUGGAUGGAGAGCAGAAAUCCGAGACAGCUGAGCUCAUGAAGGAGAAGGAGAUUCUGGAUCAUCUAAACCGGAAAAUCACAGAACUAGAAAAGAACAUCGUAGGCGAAAAGACCAAGGAGAAGGAAAAGCUUGAUGCUGAGAGGGAAAAGCUAGAGAGGCUUCAGGAGCUUUACUCCGAGCAGAAGACCCAGCUGGACAAUUGUCCUGAGUCCAUGAGGGAGCAGUUACAGCAGCAACUCAAGAGGGAUGCUGACCUGUUGGAUGUUGAGAGCAAACACUUUGAAGACUUGGAAUUCCAGCAGCUUGAGCAUGAGAGCCGUCUGGAUGAGGAAAAGGAGAACUUGACUCAGCAGCUCCUGAGGGAGGUGGCGGAGUAUCAACGGAACAUCGUGGCUAGGAAGGAAAAAAUUUCUGCAUUGAAAAAGCAAGCCAGUCACAUUGUUCAGCAGGCUCAGAGGGAACAAGACCACUUCGUGAAAGAAAAGAACAAUCUAAUAAUGAUGCUCCAAAGAGAAAAGGAGAAUCUUUGUCAUUUGGAAAAGAAGUACUCCAGCCUCACGGGGGGAAAAGGAUUUCCUAUUAACCCCAAUACUCUGAAAGAGGGCUAUAUCAGUGUAAAUGAGAUUAAUGAGUCAUGUGACAGUUCCACGAAUCUAUCCCCUUCCACUCAGUUCCCUGCUGAUGCUGACGCUGCUGUCACUGAGCCUGCCUCGGCUGUGCCGGUGAGCCAGCCCCAGAGUUCAGAGCAGAGAUCAGCUGUCUGUUCUGGAUUUCUGUUCCCUUCCACUCUUUCUCCUCAUCCUGUCACUCAACCUGCAUCAGCCCCUUGGCCUGAAGUCACGGCUCCAUCUGUCGACCCUUUCCCUCUAAAUGACACGCCUCCCCCUCUACCAGCUAAGAAACACAGGCCGCAACAGCAGCUGGAGCAACAGCACUUUAGAAGUCUGGAAGAAAGGCGAAAGCAGCACAAGGAAGGUCUCUAUCUGAGUGACACUUUGCCGCGAAAGAAAACCACACCUUCCAUCUCUCCACACUUCAGCAGUGCCACAAUGGGGAGAAGCAGCACCCCGAAGGCUCACCUGCCUCUGGGGCAGAGCAACAGCUGUGGCAGUGUGCUCCCCCACUCGCUGGCCACCAUGACCAAGGACGCAGAGUCUCGGAGGAUGCUCAGAGGAAAGCCCAAGAAAGGAAGAAUGAACGCCUCAGCAGGAACAAUUACUAAUUCCAAAAGUUCAAGUGUAAAAGGUUAUAAUCAUCAACAGAUGAAUGAAGGACAGAGACAGAAACCUGAAUUUUACAACCGCACAGCAUCUGAGUCCAAUGUCUACUUGAAUAGUUUCCAUUACCCAGAUCACAGCUACAAGGACCAGGCCUAUGACACGUUGAGCCUGGACAGCUCGGAUAGCAUGGAGACCAGCAUUUCUGCCUGUUCACCAGACAAUAUCUCUAGUGCCAGCACAUCCAACAUUGCCAGAAUAGAAGAGAUGGAGAGACUUCUGAAACAGGCCCAGGCUGAGAAGACCCGGCUACUUGAAUCCAGGGAACGGGAAAUGGAAGCCAAGAAACGAGCUCUGGAAGAAGAAAAACGACGCCGGGAAAUUCUGGAAAAACGACUGCAAGAAGAAACCAGCCAGAGGCAGAAGUUAAUAGAAAAAGAAGUAAAAAUCAGAGAGAAGCAAAGGGCACAGGCUCGUCCUCUGACUCGCUAUCUGCCCGUCCGGAAGGAAGACUUCGAUUUGAGGAGUCACGUGGAGACGGCGGGCCACAAUAUUGACACCUGUUUUCACGUGUCAAUCACAGAGAAGACCUGCCGGGGCUACCUCAUCAAAAUGGGUGGAAAAAUUAAAACGUGGAAAAAACGUUGGUUUGUUUUUGAUCGGAAUAAGCGGACAUUUUCUUAUUACGCAGACAAACAUGAGGCUAAAUUAAAAGGCGUGAUAUACUUUCAAGCCAUCGAAGAAGUGUACUAUGAUCACCUCAAGAAUGCUAAUAAGAGUCCUAACCCAUUACUCACCUUUAGCGUGAAGACACACGACAGAAUCUAUUACAUGGUGGCGCCAUCACCAGAGGCCAUGCGGAUCUGGAUGGACGUUAUAGUGACUGGUGCGGAAGGAUAUACUCACUUCCUGUUGUAAUGAACUUCACCAAUGGUCCACUGCGGGGCACACUGCAAUAGUCUCUUGCAAGCAUGAAGCCAUAUCCAGUCUCAGAUGGAAAGGCCUAGCAGACCAUCCCUUUAGCUGUGUACACUCAGAACUCUUUUCAUACUGGGGAGCCUUCCAUAAAAAAAGAAAGCAGGGCUCUUAGUGAAAGAACUGGAGCUCCUUUGACAAAAAUAAAAAAUAAAAAAACACUAUUUUUUGAUAAAAGCAUCAUUUAGAUGCGCAUUUCUCAUAAACUCUUUUUAUCAGCGGAUGUUGGUUAAAUAAACUGAGCAGUUUACACAAUGUCUGUAAAUAUGUACUUAGAAAUGUGAGAUUACUUUAGAACCCAAAUCAUUGCCAUAGGUAAUCAACUGCCUUCUUUGCAGGAAGUAGCAUUUUAUAAAAAUAAACAAAUAUGUUAGAAGGCAACAGAUUUUAGACAUUUUGCCUUAAUUUUUAAAUAUUGCACCCAAACCAAAGACAUGGUGUGACUCCUGCUUAAAUCAGUGUUACUCUCUAAAUACUCUAUAAAAUGGUAUUUUGAUGCCAACUCUAUAGUGCGCCCCCAGAAGCUACUGUGCAUAUAUUUUAAACCACUUUCUUAAAAGAAUUUUUAAAAAAGUUCCUUGUUUUGUGAAAAGACCAUCUCAGACAACAGAAACCCGCAACAUCAGAAGUUUUAAUUAAGGAGAAUACUUAGUGGGAAGAGCCUGUUCCAUUGAAGAUUUGUUCAUUCCUGGUGCUGAGAAUAAAAGCAACCAGUGGACGAUUUUCCUUUAGACUGCCUAGUUCCUCUUGCUUAUGGGACAAAGCUGUUAACUGCACCCUCACAUGGCAUAAGUAUGAAACCAUCUCUGUCUCACUGAAAAAAGACAACCAAAAUUCAAAUUAAUGUUCUCCGUGCUAUAUCUUUUUGCAUAUAUCUUUACAAAUAGCCUUGUUCUUAGAGCUAAUUUUUUGUUGAAUGAAAUGACUUCGGGCAAGUCUCUUUUAUAAUUGUUUUCCAAGUGCCAUUUAUUUUAGCUUUUGUAUUUUGUGUUUUUAAGUAUGAACUCUUUCCUAAAACAUGCCAAAUGGAUAGAAGUAGAAAAUAAUGACAUGACUUACUCGUAUACGUGAAAUGAUUAGAAAUGUCCAUGAAAUUUUGUCAGGCCUGACUGGGUACAAUUUGUUUUUAGACUUACAGUGUACUUUUAUACCUGUAUACAUGUUACCAAUAAUAAGAUUGUGCAACUGGAUGAUGCAAGGUUUUACUUGAAUAACAAGGGACAAAUAUCAUGACUGUAGGAGGGAUUUUUCAUCUGUGAUUUUUGCAGGCUUCCCCCUUCAGCUCUUGUGAGCUAAAACAUUAAAAUGCAAUUGCUAAGAUUUGGUUGGUUAAUGUAAAGAUCCAACUUGUCUGUACUGUACUUUCUCCAUAGGACUGUAAGGGUGUUCAAAUCAGUUUGCAUGUCUGAACCUUUUCGAUAUGUGUGUGCUAAAUGUAUUGAGUUUUGAUUAAAGUGUCGACCUGAUUUCACAA